UCUCAGGUCCCAAGUUGGUUGUUAUCUUCACACCCCAUUAUAAUUUAAAUCUAUUCUGGUAAAAAAAAAAAAAGAAUCCAUCAACCCUCAAGUCCCAUAGGGGAGUUCUUGGAACUGGCAUCUGUUCCCUAUAUAAAGGGAAACUAUGGAAGAGGGAGAAAACAGAGGAAGGAACCCGGCAGCAGCAACUCCCUCUGUUCUCAAUUCAAGUGCAUCAGAAACACAAGCAAACUGAAGCCUCUGUUAGUGCGUUGUCAAGCAUGGGGAUGAUCAAUCUCUGGACCAGGUUCUGUUUACUAUGGGGCAUUUCAAGUGGCCCUGCCUGGAUGAUGUUCAACAUGCUCCCUGUCACAGUCUCCUCUAGCCCCUUAGGAAAAGAGUUCAUCACAGCUUUCAUGCAGAACGGCUUGCCACGGAUGUUCCAAGGAGAUUUUAAGCUGCUCAUCACAGGGUAUGCUCCUGCCACAUCCAUUACUAUCUCUAUGAAGCGGCCUGCCUUAAGAGUACAGACCAAGGCGAAUGCUGGCCAAACACUGUCAGUGAAAAUCCCACCAGAGGCGGAGAUGGUUGGAAGCACUGUAUUUGAAAACACGCUCACUGUCCGGGCUGACAAGGACAUAUCCAUUCUUUCUCUGAACUACAAACCCCAGACAGCCGACACCGCCAUUGUCUAUCCCGUAGCGAGCUUAGGUACUGAGUACUACGUCGUUACCCCAAACGUGGGCACAGAUCGCUACAGAGAGGUAGCCAUCAUAGCUUGGGAAGAACCUACAGCAGUUGAGGUCUACCUGAAAGGGGCUAUUACAUUCCAAGGAAAAGUCUAUCCCCGAGGGACCAUGCUCCCCAUCUCACUCCAACCUUAUCAAGCUGCUCAGCUACAAAGCCAAGUGGACCUCUCAGGCACUAGAAUAGUCUCCCAGAAACCAGUAGCCGUCUACAGUGGACACACAUGCGUCUCCAGGCAAGUCCAUGCUUGUGACCAUGUUUUUGAGCAGCUUUUGCCUGUUUCCAGCUGGGGCACCAACUUCAUCAUCCCCUCUUUGCCCUUUAACAUGGAAUAUGACAUGGUGUUUGUUUCCACUUCCCAAAAGACUCAUGCCAAUACUCAGAUGGGACAGAGCAAGAGAAGCAGGAAUUUGCCUGCUGCCCGGGCGACAAUGUAUGGCAUUCAAGGGACAACUGCCAUGUCCCUCUCAGCUAGUUCUGGCGUCCAGGUGAUGUUCUUCAGUGAUGGCGGAACCUAUAGAAACCUCCAAUAUGACCCCUUCUUCAUGGCAAUCCCUGACAUCACCAGCUAUUGUCAGGCCUACCACAUCUAUGGGCACGACCAUUUUGAAAACUAUGCCCUUAUCAUUGCAAAAUCUUCAGAGACUUCCGGGAUCACUUUGGAUAAGAGACCACUGAGUGGUCUUCAGUGGAAGCUGGUGUCUGGCACUGAAUACUCCUGGGCAUCACACAGCUUGGGCCAGGGAUAUACAGUCCACACAAUAGAACAUGCCUCUUCCCCCUUUGGGCUGCUGAGUGUCGGAAUUGGAAAUGAGAAGGCUUAUGGCUCCCCAGCUAUUUGUGCAAAUGAUCCCUGCAAAAAUCUCCAGUGCAGGACAAAGGAAGCAUGUGUGACGCAGAAUGGUCAAGCGAGAUGUGUCCAUGAGUACAUGGGGACCUGCCAGGGCUCCACUGCCCAGGAUUUCCAGACUUUUGAUGGUCUGUUGGUGGACAUUCAAGACUCCUGCACCUACACCAUUGCAAAGUACUGUGGCAGUGACUCAACACUGGUCCCUUUCUCAUUGGAGGAGAAGAGCAGCAACUUGAACAGUCAGGACGCUGCCAAGAUGCAGCUGAGCCAUCUCAAAGUGUAUGGUUACACGGUCACCAUUAACAAGGGAGAAAGUGUCCAACUCAUGGUGAAUGGUGUGGCAGCCAGCAUCCCUGCGACUCUGGAGGGUGGAAAAAUCAAGGUCUUUGAGAACAGUGGAUUGCCCAUCAUUGAAACAGAUUUCAGCCUCCGUGUGAUGUAUGACACUGAUGGGGUUGUAGUGGUGACUCUCCCCAGCAGCUACUAUGGAGCCACCUGUGGGCUUUGUGGGAACUUCAACACCGAACCCCAUGAUGACAUGACUUAUCUGAAUGGUACCUUUACCUCCUCAGUGGUGGACUGGGCCAGGAGCUGGAAGGUUGAUGAUCAGGACCCUGCCUGUUCAGAUUCCUGCCAAGGAGAUUGCUUGGCCUGCAGUGAUAGUCAGGAGGAACUGUUUGGCAGCAAAAGGUAUUGUGGGGUCAUCAGCCAAGUUUCAGGAGGCCCUUUUGGAGCAUGCCACCCCACCAUCAGCCCCACCAGCUACUUUAAUGAUUGUGUCAGUGGGAUGUGCUUAAAAGGAGGGGACAAAGAUGUGUUGUGCCAAAUAGUGGAGACAUACGCCACCGCCUGCAAAGAAGAGGGCAUCGCCAUUGAUGAAUGGAAGGUGACAUCCGGUUGUGGACGAGCCCAGCCUGACCAACAGGCAAAUGAGACGUACGCUGAAGAAAUCACUCCCCAAGAAAAUGUCCAUCAUUCACCUGGUGAACCCAUCCACAGCAGCACUGCAUCAGCCGACACCUGCCCUGAUAACAGUCACUAUGAGGCCUGCGGAAAUGCCUGCCCAGCAACCUGUUCUGAACCGUCAGCCCCCUCUGCUUGCAAAGAUCCUUGUGUGAAAACCUGCCAGUGCAACGAUGGGUACGUCCUCAACGGCGGCAAGUGUGUCCCUGUUGAGAACUGCAGUUGCAUGCAUAACAGCCUCCGCUACAAGGCUGGAGAGGAGUUCUGGGCCGAUGAGAACUGCCAGUCUCGCUGCAAGUGUGAUCCAAGCCUGGGCCAAGUGAGAUGCCGGAAAGCCGCUUGCAAAGGCAACGAGAAAUGCGCCCUGGUGAAUGGUGUGCGCCGCUGCAAGGGGACGACAUACUCCACCUGCAUAGGAACUGGCGACCCUCACUAUACCACCUUUGAUGGGAGGAAGUAUGACUUCCAAGGCACCUGCAUUUAUCAGAUGGCAGCGGUCUGCUCCGGGGACCCCACCCUCACCCCAUUUUUGGUCACAGUGGAGAACAACAACCGAGGGAGUAAGGCAGUGUCCUUCACCAAAGUGGUGACUCUGGAGGUCUAUGGCAUGACCAUCAGUCUGAGCCAAGAGCAUCCACGCAAGAUUAAGGUGAAUGGAGUCUUUGUGGACCUGCCUUUCUCCUACGAAAAUAAACUGAAGGUCUACAUCAGCGGAGUCCAUGGCUUCAUCAAAACAGACUUUGAUCUGAGAGUCAGCUUUGACUGGUACAGUUAUGCCAGGGUCAUUAUUCCCAACACUUACGCCAAUGCUGUGUGUGGUCUGUGUGGCAAUGCCAAUCAGGAUCCCAGUGAUGAUUUUGUCAUGAAGGAUGGAACUCAGACAACAGAUGAAAUCCAGUUUGCAGACAGCUGGAAGUUGAAGGAGGUCCCAGGAUGCUCUGCAGGAUGCAGUGACUGCCCAGUAUGCAGUGAGGCAGAGAAACAGACCUACAAGGGGGACCAGUUCUGUGGGAUCCUCAAGAGGAAGGAUGGACCGCUCAGACAGUGCCAUGAGGCCGUUGACCCAACAUCCUACUUUGAGGACUGCGUUUUUGACACAUGUCAAUACAAGGGUCAUCAUGACACUCUCUGCAGUGCCAUCAGUGCCUACGUGACAGCCUGCCAAGCACUGGAUGUCAAGGUUGGGAAAUGGAGAUCAGCCUCUUUUUGCAGCACUCCCUGUCCACGCCAUUCCCACUACGAGCUCUGUGGAAGUGGCUGUCCUGCCACCUGCAACAGCCUCUCAGCUCCGGAAGUGUGUGAGGCUCCAUGCACAGAAGGGUGCUUUUGUGAUACUGGCUUCAUCCUCAGUGGGGAUCAGUGCGUCCCUCCAGAAGAGUGUGGCUGCAUGUUCCAGGGCAGAUACUACAAGAAGGGAGAGGAGUUUUAUCCCGGUAGCUCCUGCCAGGAGAAGUGCCGCUGUCUGGACAAUGGAGCCACCACAUGUUGGCAGUUUUCCUGUGGAGCACAUGAGGAGUGCAGGGUGGAGAAUGGCAUCCAAGGCUGCCACCCUGUGGGGUAUGGCACAACUAUAGCAUCUGGUGACCCCCAUUAUAUUUCCUUUGAUGGACGAAGUUUUGAUUUCCAUGGCUCCUGUACUUACACCUUAGCCCAAGUAUGCAGCCAGGACCCUAAUCUAGUGAAGUUCUCCGUGUUGGUGGAGAACGGCAUGCUUGACUAUGGACGUUCUCCUAUUACAAGGACAGUUGUGAUCUCUGUUCACGGACACUCCAUUGUCCUUGAAAGGGGGAUGAAGUGGAAAGCUAUGGUUGAUGGAGAGCUCUACACUUUGCCAAUGAAUACAGUGGAUGGGAAACUCUGGAUCACCCAGGAGGGGAACAAUAUCAUUGUCCAUUCAUCCUUUGGCCUCACAGUCCUUUAUGAUACCUCCUCGUUCGUCCAUGUGUCUCUUCCUAGUACCUACCAGGGACAUAUGUGUGGACUUGGGGGCAAUUUCAAUGGUGAUACGAGUGAUGAUUUCAUGCUACCUAAUGGACAAGUCACCCAAAGUGUGGAUGAGUUUGGAGCCUCCUGGAAGGUCCCUGUGGAUGGUGCCAUUUGCUCUGAUGGCUGUGGUGUGGAAUGUCCAACCUGUGCUGCAGAGCAGACAGCACCAUACAAGGCCAAGAGCUCCUGUGGAAUGAUCCAGUCCAAGACAGGUCCAUUCAAAGACUGUCACUCUUUGGUGAACCCUGCUGAGUACUUGAGGCAGUGCCUGCAUGACAUGUGUGUGGCCGAUGGAGCUGCAGAGACUCUCUGCCGAAGCCUUCAGGCCUAUGCAGCUGCAUGCCAACUGGCUGGAGUCAAGAUUGGAGCAUGGAGAACGACCUCCUUCUGUUCUCUGCCUUGCCCAGCUAACAGCCAUUAUGAGUUGUGCACCCGAUCCUGCGAUUUCACAUGUGCUGCCUUAUCUGCUCCAUCUCAGUGCACCGGAGAUUGCUUUGAAGGCUGCCAGUGUGACACCGGCUACGUGUUUGAUGGGGAAGACUGUGUGUCUAUGGACAAGUGUGGCUGUGCUUAUGAUGGGCGCUACAUCAAGGCUGGAGAGACCAUCAUCUCCAAUAACUGCACAGAAAAAUGCACCUGUCGUCCCUCAGGCCAGCUCACCUGUGUGGAAACCAGCUGUGCUGCAGGGGAGACCUGUGUGCUCACAGACAAGGUCCGCAGCUGUGUAAGGCAGGAAGGGCACUGCACACUCAGCCCAGGAGCCUGGUUCACCUCCUUUGAUGGAGCCAAAGGGAAACUGCUCGCUAGUGGCAUCUACAAGAUUGCCUCCUACUGUGAUGAGCAGUCACCAUCCUGGUUCAAGGUGCUGGUGGAUGUCAGUGAAUGCAAUGAAGACACUGUGCCAGCUGGGACAGCCGUCUAUGUCUUCUUCCGAGAAGCGUUCAUCUCAGUGACCAACUUCAAGGAGACUUGGGUCAACGGGCUCUUGGUGCAGCUUCCAGUGAAUGUCUCCAAUGCCGUGUCUAUCACGGAAUCUCAGGACACCACUGUCAUUGACCAAAGCUCCCAGAUGCAAGUUCUCUUCGGUUCCAAUGGCAAAGUGACCGUGAGAGUCACGGAGAGCCUGGCAGGGAAGUUGUGUGCCCCUUGUGGGAACUUCAACAAUCAAGUCUCAGAUGACCUGCGGCUGCCCAGUGGUCAGAUUGCAGGAGACAUUGCUGAGGUCGUUGAUGCCUGGAAGGCUAGGGACUUCUUAGAGUGUUACUGAUACCUGCACAUGAGAAACUCCUUAGACUGAUAUAUCUAAAAUCCCAAUCUGGAAGCAUGCACUGGAUGCACAAGCACCUUAGAACAAUGCUGUAUUUGGUUAAAAAAAAGAAACAUCCAAAAGUUCCUGCACGAGUGGAGCAUCCAGUUAAUAAACAGAAUGUGAUUGUCUACAAUAACUGAGAAUGGAGCCUUCAUGUACAGAGGCAGUAGCUCUGUGUACCAGGUUCUGAAGACAAACAAUUAGGGGGAAUAGCUCUCAGCUUCUUGUUCUCCUUGUCAGCUUUCCAUGAAGAUCUGCCUGGCAACUGUGGGACUCAAAUGUGCUCAAGUAGAUGGACCUUUGACCUGUUCUAGCAAUAUGAAGUCCUUUAUCUUCAGCCUGUCCAAAUGUUUCCUGACGUUUGAUGAGAGUUCAGCAUCUGCUCCCUUGGUGGCUUGUGAAUCUCAGGAUGUUCAGAGAUGAAAAUGUGUAAAUCUAUUGCACUCUAACCAAGCGCUAUAAAUUCAUGUCCUUUUCUAUAAAGAAGUAAAC